UAAACGCAGAGCAGCACCUCGGGAACCAGCCCGAGGAGCCUUUGAACGGCACCUGCUGCCUGCCCAUCACUGCCCGACCCUUCCCCAGCCCGGCCCACCCAGCAGCGCCUGCCCCGGUGUAACGGAGGCUCUCAACAGCCUGCCCAGCGCUGCACCCCAGAGCUGGGCUGAGGGCGGGAGGACACGCGGGAAGGGCCCAGGGAAAACACUCUCCUCGAGGAAAGGCCCCGCCGGGCACAACAACACCGGGGCGGUGUGGGGGACAACAGGAGCCAGGGACCCCGGCUCAGGGCGUUUGCCGAGCCCCAGACGGCAGAACCCGGCCCGCUCCUGGAGUGGCACCAGCCCCGCAGCCCGGCGGAGCCUCCCCCGCAGGGCUGGGCCGCCCUGGCUCCGCCUCGGGGCGCUGCCCGUGUCCCGUCCGGCCCUGCCGGCGCUGCCCGGAGGCCUUCCGGGCCCGGCGGAGCCCCGGAGCCGGGGAAGGCGGGGGGCCAUGGGCCCCGGCGGGCGCUGGGUGCGGGCGGCGCACACGGCCCUCAGCGCGGCGCUGCUGCUCGGGCUCCUCCUGCACCGCACGGAUCUGCAAAAGCAAGAGGAGCGCGGGGAGCUGCUUCAGCCGCUGAUCUUCGUUUUGCUGGUUUUAUGCUCGAUCCUGCUGUACUUCAAGGUGUCUCUCAUGGAUCCGGGUUUUGUUAAGCCUGAAGAGGAAGUGAAGCAACCCAUGCGAGCCAAGCACUGCCAGCUGUGCCAGCACUGCGUGCGGCGCUACGACCAUCACUGCCCCUGGCUUGAGAACUGUGUAGGAGAAAGGAAUCACCCCCUCUUCAUAGUCUACCUGAGCGUGCAGCUUGUGGUUCUGCUGUGGGGAGGCCAUGUAGCUUGGUCAGGCCUCUACUUUGAACAAUCCCGGGAGUGGCUGCAGCACAACAUUUUCCUCCUAGUGUCCUUCCUCCUGAUAUUCAUAUUCACCAUUGUGGUCCUGCUGCUGCUUGUUUCCCACCUGUACCUGAUCUCAUGCAACACCACGACCUGGGAGUUCAUGUCUCACCACCGCAUCUCCUACCUGCGGCACUCCGAGCUGGAGAACCCCUUUGACCAAGGGAUAAUCCUUAAUCUCUGGAGAUUCUUCUGUUCACGCCACCUCACUGCAUGGGAGAACAUCUAUUUUCACAAGAACAGUGAGCCUGUCUAGUCCCAGUGUGCCAACACGCCUGGCAGGCUGCUGAGUACAGCUUUGCUAAUGCAAUGGCUGCUGUUGCCUUGCACUGAACUUUCACACAUCAUGGACUAUGCAACCUGCUCCACAACCUGUUCAUCUGCAAACUACAUUUCAGGGAUAGUCAGGGUUAUUUUUUAUAUAUAAACAACACUGUUAAAGGCAAGAAUACAGUUCUGGGAGCUGAUUUCCAGACUGAGCAAGGUAUCUCUCUAAAUUUAUUUCCUUUUGUUAAGUGUAUCCACAUCUCUCCAAAAGAAAUGCAAGAUUAAUGUGACUAUUCGUGUUCACUUCUCUUCUCCAAGGUCUCCCUUGCCUUUUGCUGCUAGGGAACAGCAGCAAUUACACAUAAAACCAACCAGGAUCAGUGUAAUUCCUGUGGCCUUUUUUCAGCCAAGUUCUGACUGUGAGAAUUGCAGUGCCUUUUGGCAGUAGCAUCAGGCAUGUAAGAGAAAUAUUUGAGUAAAUAUUUAGAGAGUCAAAAGCAAAUUUUAUUUUGUCCACAUGCCUCAACUUAAUGCUUUCCAUGAAGACUUAAGGCUUAAUACUGUUAAUGUGCAUAAGAAAGAGCUGUAAGACAUCCAAUUAAUCUUAUGUGAUAAUUAAUCUAUAUUUUGUGAUGCCCUGAGCAGCUUCCCCACAGCUUUUUAAGUUGAUGAUGCUGCUAACAAUUCACUGUUUUGAAUCAAGUCAGUGAAGAAUGAUAGCAUCACUUUUCUUUGGACAGAAAAGUAAUCCUUGGCUACUGAGUUAUUUCUGCAGAUAACAUGCUCAGGCCUUUGCUGUAGCUUGCUGCAGGGAGAGAAGCAGAGAGGAGCAGAGGUGGGUACUUCCUGCCUAACUAAAGUAACACUGUUGGUAAAACUACUACUACCUCAACUCACUAGUGAAAUUUUAAUAAAAUAAUACAAUUUCAAUGCAAGAGAAAAGCUGCCAGGUCCUGAGAUGAGAGAUGCUGACAGCUUUCAGGACAGCAGCAAGAGGAUCUGUUUUCCAUUGAAAUAAAAGGUCAUACUUUAGAUUUCCAUGGGGAACUAAAAGGAAGUUUGGGAUGAUCGAUCUUAGCUUUAAAACAAAAAAGGCUGUGGUGUAAAUUUCAGUCCUGACCCUUUUCUGUUAAAACAAAAACAAACAAAACAAGCAAAACCACCACAACAAAAUGUUAGUUAAAAUUAUCUUGUGCCUUAAUUGUCUUGGCUCAGGAAUUAACACCAACUCAGAAGCACUCAGGGUUUAAAGUUGAUGAACACUCAUGAAAAAAAUAGUGUAGUUACUAACAUAGUAUGACAGUCCAAAAGCAAUUUAAAUGCAGCAAAAGAUCCUUUUUUUGACCAGCUCCAGAGUUUGUAAUCUGUGCAGUCUGCUUUGUUCAGGGUAGAAGCUUUAUCGGAGGGAUAUCAGAAUGCUAAGGAUGGUUUUUGUAAAGCUUGUUUUUGUAAAGAAGUGUACACCAUUCAGAAGUAUUCUGCAGUUUGCUUGUGUUGCUGUGGUACCUGCUAAAGAGUGGAUCAUGUGUCACACUGCAGUUCCUGGUUCUUCAGGUAUCAGUCAAGUGAAAGUUUAUCAGCAAGUACAACAGCUCAAAGCAGUAUUGCUCUGUCUGGUAUUUCUUUAAAAUACACAUGGGUGUUAAUUUACCCUUUUUUUUUUUUUUUUUUUACUC